UCCAAUCGAUCAAUCCAUGGACGCCGCCAAGAAGCUCUUCGUGGAGGUAUGCAAUGCCACAGAUCUAAUGCCAAAGGACGGGGAGGGAUCCGCAAGCCCCUACUGCGUGCUGGAAUUCGAUGGCCAGCGCCGGCGAACAGAGCCCAAGAGCAAGGAUCUCAAGCCCACCUGGAACACGGUGCUGGAAUUCGCGAUCCAAGGCCCGAUCGACGACAAGGAGAUCGAGAUCACGGUGCUGAGUGACAAGAAGACCGGCGGCAAGCAGCGACCCCAGUUCCUGGGCCGCGUGAGGAUCCCAGCCAAGAGCGCCGCCAAGAAAGGCGAGGAAUCCAUCGUCUACUAUCCCUUGGCGAAGAGGAGCUUCUUCUCUCACGUCAAAGGCGAGAUUGGAAUCAAGAUGUGGUGGAGCGACGAGGAACCAGCUCCUCCUCCUCCCGCCGAUGGCGAUGGCGAGAAGAAAGUGGAAGAGGGCGAUGCCAAGAGCGAAGAGGGCGAGAAGAAACCGGAAGAAACACCCGCCACCGCGAGCAGCGAUCCCGAGAAGGAGGAGAAGGAUGGAGGAGAUGGCGAUGGAGGGAAUGUGGAGAAGGAAGUGGAAGAGAAGAAGGAAGAAGAAAAGAAAGAAGAGGAGGAGAAGAAAGAGGAUGGCGGCAGUGGCGGCGGCGGCGAUGGCGAGAAGAAAGAAGACGACCCACCAAAGAAAGAAGUGGAAGAAGAAGCUAGCAGCGCCGCUACCACCACCGUGGAAGCAAAGAAAGAAGAAGAAGAGAAGCAUGGCAAUGGCGGCGGCGGUGGUGGCAGUGGCGAUGGAGAAAACACGAAGAUCGCCUCCAGGGCGGCGGAGUUUGUCCGGCCACCGCCGCGGCCAUCGCCACCCACGAUCGUCCCCGCCGGCGAGUUCAUCCUCAAGGAGACCAAGCCCAUGAUCGCCACCAAGGCGAUCGGCGACAAGGUGGUCACCUUCGAUCUGGUGGAGAGGAUGCAGUACCUCUUUGUCCGCGUCGUCAAGGCGCGCGCGCUGGCAUCCAAGGAUGCUGCCAUCGAUCCCUUCGCCAAGAUCUCGCUGGGAUCGCACACCGCGCGCACCAGAUCCGUGCCCAGCACGCUCUACCCCGAGUGGAACGAGGUGUUCGCGUUUGGCAAGGAGAGGAUGGGCGGCCCAGCGCUGGAGAUCGCGGUGUCCGACGACCGCGAUCCGGAUUCCAGCUUCCUGGGCAGCGUCGUCUUCGAGUUUGCCGAGAUCCCAGUGCGCGUCCCGCCGGACAGCCCGCUAGCGCCGCAGUGGUACCGCCUGGAGCGAAAGAGCCACCAUAGCCAGAGCUCGCCAAGAACAGUCCGAGGUGAUAUAAUGCUGGCGGUGUGGCUGGGCACCCAGGCGGACGAGGCGUUCACCGAGGCGUGGCAAUCGGACUCUGGCGGAUACGCGCACACUCGAUCCAAAGUCUACCUCUCGCCCAAGCUGUGGUACCUCCGCGUGAACGUGAUCGAGGCCCAGGAAGUCCACCUGGAGCGCUUCCAGCCCGAGGUGACAGUCCGAGCUCACCUCGGCUUCCAGGUCCAGCGGACUCGGGUAGCCGGCAACCGUACAACCAGCCCGUUCUGGAACGAGGACCUCCUCUUCGUCGCCGCGGAGCCAUUCGAGGACGAUCUGGUGCUGCGAGUGGAGGAGCGCAAGAGCGGCGGCGAGAAGGAGGAGCACGCGCUGCUGGGGCUCGUCCGGAUCGCGCUCUCCGGCGUGGAGCGCCGGAUCGACCACCGCCAAGUGAGCUCCCGCUGGUACAACCUCGAGAAGCAUGGUGGUGGCGGCGAUGGUAGCGGUGGUGGCGAAGACGAGCAGAAGAAGCAUAGCUUCCAUGGGCGACUGCAUCUCCGGGUGUGCUUGGAUGGCGGCUACCACGUCCUGGACGAGCCGGUGAAUCACCUGAGCUGCGCGAAUCCAACCGCGAGGCAGCUGUGGAAGGCCGGGGUGGGGAUGCUGGAGCUGGGGAUCAUCCGCGGCAAGGACGUGCUGCCCAUGAAGAACAAGGAGGGGCGGGGGAGUACGGACGCGUACGUGGUGGCCAAGUACGGCUCGAAGUGGGUACGAACGCGUACGGUCAUGGAUAGCCUCAACCCCCGGUGGAACGAGCAGUACCGGUGGGACGUGCACGACCCCUGUACGGUGCUUACCAUCGGCGUGUUUGACAACGCCCAGCUCGUGGAUCAUGGCCACCACGAUCACCACCAUCACCAAAACGCCAACCGCGACGCCCGGAUCGGCAAGGUGAGGAUCCGGCUAUCCACCCUGGAGAGCGACCGCGUCUACACGAACCGCUACCCGCUACUCUCGCUCCAGCAGUCGGGCGUAAAGAAGCUGGGCGAGGUGGAGCUCGCCGUACGCUUCACCUCCGCUUCCGUACUCUCCAUGCUCCAGCUCUACUUCCAGCCGCUGCUGCCGCGAAUGCACUACCUCCACCCAUUGGGCGUCACCCAGGCGGAGAUCCUGCGAAUAUCCGCCAUGCGCAUCGUGGCCAUCCGCCUGGCGCGAUCCGAGCCGCCCCUCCGCCAGGAGGUCGUACAGUACAUGCUCGAUACGGACGUCAACGUUUGGUCGCUUCGUCGCAGCAAGGUCAACUACUUCCGCCUCAUGAGCGUGCUGAAUGGGCCAAUGGCGGUCGUACGCUGGAUGGAGAACAUUUGCCACUGGCGCAACCCGGUCACGACCGUACUCGUCCAUAUCUUGUUCCUCAUCCUGGUGUGGUACCCGGAGCUCAUCCUCCCCACGCUCUUCCUCUACAUGUUCUUGAUCGGGCUGUGGCAGUACCGAUCCCGGCCGCGAUCGCCGCCAUCCAUGGAGGCGCGGCUGUCCCAGGCGGAGGUCGUGGAGCCGGACGAGCUGGACGAGGAGUUUGAUCCCAUCCCGAGCGCCAAGGACCCGAAUGUGAUCCGGGCGAGGUAUGAUCGCGUGAGGAUCGUGGCGGCCAGGAUCCAGAAUGUGUUGGGCGAUCUGGCGACGCAGGGGGAGAGGGUCGGGGCGCUCCUGAGCUGGAGGGAUCCCAGGGCGACGGCGAUCUUUGUCACGUUUUCGCUGGUUGUGGCGGUGGUGCUGUACGUGGUGCCCAUCCGGGUGAUCGUGGUCGUGGCGGGCCUGUACGCGAUGAGGCACCCGAGGUUCAGGGAUCCGCUGCCGGCGGCGCCGAUCAACUUCUUUCGGCGGCUGCCAUCGCUGGCGGAUCGCAUCCUCUAAAGAAGAUCUGGAGCGGAAGAAAUCUCCCACUUCUCCUUGUAUGGUUCUUACGCACCAGAAAUAGAACUCAUCCUCUGGUGAGACCA